AUGUCAUUUGACAGAGACCCAAACGUUGAAGUUCUGUGGUCUCCUGAGACCGGUCUACAUGGUCCAUCCGAUCCUAUAAGCGUUGCCCAUCAAUAUCUUCUUAGGGUGGCCGAUGACUACAAAAUUCCUCCGGGCGUCCUUGGUGAAACACCUACGAAGUUAUCUGAGCUAGCCAGUUCCACAGACGCUCUGUUUAGCCUCAGCUUGCCACAAGAAAGGCCUCGCUUUAGGAGCACAGCAGUGAUCUACCAGCAAACACUGUGCGGGCUCCCUGUGUGGGACGCCAAGUUUAGCGUGACUGUGAAUAAGGAAAAUCACGUAGUCAACUCGACCAGCAGCAUCGACAUAAGAGCCUCCAAACCAGAAACCCCCCAGGUAUUUGCUCGAGACCCCGCUACAAAGCUCGGCCACAAAGCUCCCACAACAAGUGGCGACAUUGCUGACUUAAACCUGUUAGGUGACAAAGUUUUCCUUUCUGACAUUAUUCCGACAACCCCUCAAAAGCUCAAUGGCAGAUACGCUGAAAUCAAAGACUUUGAUUUGCCCAUAAGUCUUCCCCCAACGACAGCCAGUGGAGGAUUCAAUGACAGCGUUGAGACAGACAACUUUACGGCUGUCAGUGCAUACUAUCAUAUUACAAAGCUGUUCAGGCUUCUGGCUGAGCUGGGUUUCCCCGUUAAAACUUUCUUCAUUAACACCCAAUUUCCUUUCCCUGUUGAUCACCGUGGCUUCAACGACAUGGUAAGUGCCCAAGCCCCGGGAAAUUCAACUGGCAACGGCUGUGGAGGAUUUAUUUUCGGCCGGGCUGAUCGGAAUACGCAAAUUGGUAUUGCAGCGGAUUUCCGUGUCGCUACACACGAAUUUGGCCAUGCACUCCUGUGGGACGCUAUUCACUGGCCAGGGUUUGGUUUCGCUCACAGUCCUGGCGACUCACUGGCUGCCAUAUACUGUGAUCCUCGAAAUGAUGCACAAGAUCGAUUUGAUACAUUUCCUUGGAGUGUUGUUCGUCGCCGCCAUGAUCGCGAAGUCACUGAUGGCUGGGCAUGGGAUGGACCCCAGUAUAGACGAGAUGGCCCCGCCUACUACCUUCAUGCGAGAGGUGAUUUCCACAAGCAGAACUGGGCGUCGAGGUACACUCUCUAUCUGAUCAUCGGAGGCAUCGCUACCAUCACAACAACUCCCAGCAUGCCGUACCAAUAUGUCUCUGCAAUGAUAUCUGCAGACAAUGGUACAGUGCUUGGUUAUCCCGGUGGGGCUGUUAGGAAGAUUAUCCGCUGGUCGUUUGAGAAGCAGGGCUUGUAUCAUCCUCUUAGCACCCCAACUCCGGGUGUCAUGACAAGAGGGCCGCCUCCAGCUGUGGACCCAUACAUCGAUGCCGGUAGAGAUGGCGAGUAUGACUAUGCUCCUAUGUCUGGCAACUCACCUGGUAUCUGGAAUCGCCAGGCUCCGGAUGGUGGCCUUAACAACCAGGCUCCCUUUGUCGGGGUUCCGAAUUACUGUUACGUCGCGGUGAAGAACCGGGGAACCGAAAAUGCGCAGAACGUCCAGGUCACCGUAUAUGAGUCUACUAUCCCAGAGCCAACGGUCUGGCCAGCCCGUUUCCAAUCACCGGGGCCAUUCCGAUGGACGCCCAACUCGAAUGCCUCGUUUGAUAGAUAUAGCUUACUGGCCGCUGUCGGUGCUGACGGUGACCUCUCCAAUAUUGAUGCAAACAGCGGCUUGGCAUGUGCAAUCGGGCCCACGGAUGUUGAUAACCUCGUUCCAUUUGAUAACAAUCUGGCAGUGCGGCGCUUUGAGUGGUAA